AUGCUGGAAAAACGAAAAGGGGCUUUUGCGCUGGACGGAAAACUGGGAAAUCACCCGGCAAUGGCCCGAAUACGAACGCGGGACGGAGUGCACCCCGUGGCGGUGCCGAUGAGAGGCUCUUCGCCGGCGAAGAAGGAGGUGAUGGACGAGCAGAUAAAAAAGUGGUUUGCGCAGGACGUGAUUGAACCAUCAAAAAGCCCCUGGAGCGCGCCGGUCGUCAUCACGUACCGUAACAGGAAGCCGCGCUUU